AUGCCACGUGUUGAGACGACCGGAAGUCAACCAAAUACUUUCCACACAAAACACGAGUGGAACCAUUCGAAGUGUUUUGCUCGCUCGAAAUCGAUUGCGGGCGAUUAUGGUGACAUCUGGAUGCUGAUCGGUGAUUGUUUUAGAAGAUUCAGUUUGUUUGGUUGGGGUGUCGGUGGAUUGCUUUGUGAGAAAGUGGUCGCGGCUCUGUUGCUGCAUUUUAGAGAACGUGACUGUGUAGAGGGCACAAGUACAUUGUAUAGUGGAGUGGUAAUGGGAGAAUAUGCAGCAGGAGGGGGGGAAAUCCGGGUUCGCCUCGGUUUCAUAGUAACAUCUAAAGUCCUAAUGCUCGAUCGCGAUUUUCACCCUUUACACCCUCUGGUAUUGCCCACUUUACUUUCCGCUUCUCCUGGCUCAUUACCAAGAGCUGGACCACCAACAUGGCAAAGUGGUCCUCCUGGCCCUCAGUUUAGGCCAUAUGUUCCCGGCCAACAUCCUGGACCCCCUAAAACCCUGGCAGAUCGGUGUCUGAAUUCCGUUUCUUCAGUACCAGUAAGACCUCCAUUAGCUUACCGUCCAGGAGGUAACCCCGUGGGUUUUCAGCCAUUCCAAACUGCACCUCUUGUCCCUGGUCCACCGCCUCCAUUCUUUGCUAGGCCCCCGCCUCCAGGAGGUCCGCCCAUGGCAGGUCCUCCUGGUGCUCGCCCACCUUCUUUAUCUGCUUCUCCGAAUUUCGCAUCUGUAGGUUCAGCUGGUCAUACAAACUCUCCGGGUAGUCCUCGGUUCCGACCCGGUGGUGGCGCUGGAAGACCCCAUCAGGAAUCAGGGUAUGGUCCUCUGGCUAGCUUCCCUACUUAUCCUGGCCCUCCACUACCGCCUGGAGCGUUGUCUCCACCUUCAAGCACUAUGCCAUUGUUUACUAGUCCAUCGCAGGCUCCUCCUCCUUUGGGUUCUCGGUUUGGACAACCACCUCAGCCACUAGUAUCGGCGGGACAACAAUAA